AUGACACCAAACAAAGAAAACGUGGCGCCUAACCUCUGCCUAGGAUGGAAGACACGUGCGCAGCUUUUGGUGCUGCAUGGUGGUGAUGAAGAGUUGGUAAAUCGGAUAGUGGAGCGCAAAACCGCCAGCGGUGAAACCAAAGAGCAUCCUGACCUUCCUGAUGAUCCAUCAGCGACCUUAUAUCACGUUAUGCUAGAUUUGGACCAGGUUGAGCAGGAUGAGUUUGAGGAUCGCUUGGAAGAGUCCUAUGGAACGGAUGUUGUGGGUGACCAGGCUGGGCAAAUGGCUGACGCUGCACGGUAUAGCAGCAUGGCCAAUGUCACUAUGGGUGCUGCUCGGGGGGUGGCGCUCAAGGCAGAGAAUGAAAUGCCGGAGGACCCUGUGGCACGGGGACAAUGGGCUAUGGAGAAAUUGAUGACCGACCUUCAACAGGUGGAGAAGGGGGGUGACUUUCUUGUGCAGUUGAAUGCUGCUGUGACGCUUGCGAUGCAGCGUCUGCAGCUCUACCAAGAAGAUGCCAAAGAAGCCACUACGUUGACUAAGCCAAGGAAUGCUGGCAAGGGGGACCUGAAAUGGGUGAAGUCCCAAUACCAUUUGUUCAACUACCAGACCAACAAUAUUUGCAGCAACUGCGGAGUUCAAAAGACACACCCCAAUGUGGCCAUGACACUUGCCAACUUUGAAGAGGAUGAAACCGUGUCGAACCCUCGCGAGCGCCACCUACGUCAGCUUGCGCGUGACCACAAGAUCGAUCUGGUCCAGGUCGAGUCACUCCUGAAGGCCUUCAAUGCCUUUGAUACGGAUGGCAGUGGCUACAUCGAGUGGGAAGAGUUUCGGCAGGUGGUUUGCACGAUGCUGAAGGUCAAGGAGCCGACGGAUAUCUCGGAAGCCCGCUUGGCGCGCUAUUGGAAUGAGGCAGCCGCUUGGCGGAUGUCCCGCCCCGAGGUCGGUGGUUUUGGCCCGGGUCGUGAGGAUGGAGAGGACCCGAAAGUCCAGGGUCGAGUGAAGAGGUGA